AUGGUCUCAGGUCUCUCCAAAGCCCAUUUUAACUGCGGGAUAGAGCAGCCUCCACAGUGUAAGAACCUGAACAGCUCUACCACUCCUCAGUCUAAGGAAGAGGUUUGGACUGGUACAGGUACGAGCGGCGAUCGAGUGCGCGGCCGCCGCCGCCGCCGCAGUCAGCGCGGGCGCCGCCACAGCAUCCGCCGCCUGCCCCGCUCGGCGCACGCUCCCGCCCGACCCCGCAGCCCACCCGCGCACCGGCCAUGGAGCCCGCAGCCCCCCCCCCGCCGCCACACCCACCAGCGGGGCUAUGCCGUGACGCGGAACCCCCACCUCAACAAGGAGUUGGCUUUUACCCUGGAAGAGAGACAACAGUUGAAUAUUCAUGGAUUGUUGCCACCUUGCUUCAUCAGUCAGGAUCUCCAGGUUCUUAGAGUAAUUAAAAAUUUUGAGCGUCUGACCUCUGACUUUGACAGGUAUCUUCUCUUAAUGGAUCUUCAAGACAGAAACGAAAAGCUCUUUUAUAGUGUGCUAAUGUCUGACAUUGAGAAAUUCAUGCCUAUUGUUUACACUCCCACUGUGGGUCUGGCUUGCCAGCAAUAUAGUUUAGCAUUUCGGAAGCCAAGAGGUCUCUUCAUUAGUAUCCAUGAUCGAGGGCAUAUUGCUUCAGUUCUUAAUGCAUGGCCAGAAGAUGUCAUCAAGGCUAUUGUGGUGACUGACGGAGAGCGUAUUCUUGGCUUGGGAGACCUUGGCUGUAAUGGAAUGGGCAUCCCUGUGGGUAAGCUGGCGCUGUAUACAGCCUGCGGAGGGAUGAAUCCUCAAGAAUGUCUGCCCAUUACUCUGGACGUGGGAACAGAAAAUAAGGAUUUACUCAAAGAUCCAUUGUACAUUGGGCUACGGCAGAGAAGAGUGAGAGGUCCUGAAUAUGAUGAUUUUUUGGAUGAAUUCAUGGAGGCAGUUUCUUCCAAGUAUGGGAUGAAUUGCCUUAUUCAGUUUGAAGAUUUUGCCAAUAUAAAUGCCUUUCGUCUCCUGAAGAAAUAUCAAAACCAGUAUUGCACAUUCAAUGAUGAUAUUCAAGGAACAGCGUCUGUAGCAGUGGCGGGCAUCCUUGCGGCUCUUCGAAUAACCAAGAACAAACUGUCUGAUCAAACAAUACUCUUCCAAGGAGCUGGAGAGGCUGCCUUAGGGAUUGCACACCUGAUUGUUAUGGCCAUGAGUAAAGAAGGUUUACCAAAAGAGAAAGCCAUGAAAAAGAUAUGGUUGGUCGACUCAAAAGGAUUAAUAGUUAAGGGACGAGCUGCCUUAACACAAGAGAAGGAGGAAUUUGCCCAUGAACAUGAAGAAAUGAAGAACCUAGAAGCCAUUGUUCGAGAAAUAAAACCAACUGCCCUCAUAGGAGUUGCUGCAAUUGGUGGUGCAUUCUCAGAACAAAUUCUCAAAGAUAUGGCUGCCUUCAAUGAACGGCCUAUUAUUUUUGCUUUGAGUAAUCCAACUAGCAAAGCAGAAUGUACUGCAGAGCAGUGCUAUAAACUAACCAAGGGGCGUGCAGUUUUCGCCAGUGGCAGUCCUUUUGAUCCAGUCACUCUUCCGAAUGGACAGACCCUAUAUCCUGGCCAAGGAAACAAUUCCUAUGUGUUUCCCGGAGUGGCUCUGGGUGUCGUGGCAUGUGGCUUGAGACAUAUCACAGAUAAGAUUUUUCUCACAACUGCUGAGGUUAUAGCCCAGCAAGUAUCAGAUAAACACUUGGAAGAGGGCCGGCUUUAUCCUCCUUUGGACACCAUUAGAGAUGUUUCUCUGAAAAUCGCAGCAAAGAUUGUGAAUGAUGCUUACCAAGAAAAGACAGCCACAGUUUAUCCUGAACCCCCAAACAAGGAAGCCUUUGUCCGCUCUCAGAUGUAUAAUACUAAUUAUGACCAGAUUCUACCUGAUUGUUAUUCUUGGCCUAAAGAGGCCCAGAAAAUACAGACCAAACUUGACCAGUGGCAUAAUAACUGACAUUUCUAAUUCUGUUAAUGAGAUCUUAAAGUCUUUCAUAAUUUUUAAAGAUUGGAAUCUUUUAUAAUAAUUCAUUAGACUAAGAAUUUUACUUUAACAAUAAAAGUUCAUGGAAGGAUAUUAAUAUACUUUAGGGUAAACAUCACUCUAGACAAUUUUGCUUCAUUUACUUUCUUGUUAUUUAUGGUUUCUCUGUUCAUUAUUUUGCCCAAGUUCUCUUUAAAAGCUAUUGUACCUACUACUGAGAAACACAUCAUUUUUAUACAGGGAACUAAUGGAAAGACCAAAAUUAGUAAUAAAUUGAUAUACUCAACAUUAAAAUCCA